AACAUGGACAGCCUGCUUGUCUGAGGGUUGCUGUUUUUGAAGUUAAUAUGCUGAACUUGACAAUAAAAGAGGUGUCCUUGGCCUUCAGGGAAGGGAGGAUCUCUCCAACAGAACUUUGUCGAAAAUGUUUAAACCGCAUUAAGCAAACGCAGCAUCUCAACGCUUACAUCACAGUAAACGAAGAGUUGGCACUGAAGCAAGCUCAAGAGGCGGAAACCAGACUGCUGCAAGGUGUUGCCAGAGGCCCUCUGGAUGGAAUCCCCUUUGCGGUCAAGGACAACUUCUGCACUGAGAAUAUAAGGACGACAUGUGCUUCUCGGAUGCUCAGAGACUACAUCCCUCCCUACAAUGCAACAGUUGUGCAAAAGCUCUUUGACCAAGGGGCCGUUCUUAUGGGAAAGACCAACAUGGAUGAGUUUGCGAUGGGUGCGGGCAGUACUGAUGGAGCCUUUGGUCCAGUGAGGAACCCAUGGAGCUACACUGCUGUCUACAGUGAGCGGACUGGGGCAGAGCCAGAGUCUGACUGGGUCAUCACAGGAGGAAGUUCAGGUGGAAGUGCUGCAGCCGUGGCGUCGCUCUCCAGCUACCUGGCAUUGGGUUCGGAUACAGGUGGUUCAACUCGUAACCCAGGAGCUCUCUGUGGUGUUGUGGCCUUGAAGCCCACCUACGGUCUGGUGUCCAGACAAGGCCUCAUCCCUCUGGUCAACUCCAUGGAUGUCCCCGGCAUUAUAACCCGCAGUGUCAGUGAUGCCGCCACCAUCUUAGCUCAUCUACAAGGCUUUGAUGUUAAAGAUUCAACAACAGUUCCGACCCCGGCAUCAUCUGGAGAGCUACCUGAAGAUGUGGACAUCACAAACAUCUGUGUUGGCAUCCCUAAAGAGUACCACGCCCCGGGCCUGUCUGUGGAGAUCGUAGAGCAGUGGGGUCGUGUUGCAGACAUGUUUGAGAGGGCGGGAGCUCGUGUGGAACAAGUGUCUCUUCCUCACACCCAGUACUCCAUUGUCUGCUACCACGUCCUCUGCCACGCUGAGGUGGCAUCCAACAUGGCCCGCUUUGACGGCCUCGAAUACGGUCACCGAAGUGAGGUGAGAAGCUCAACAGAGGCCAUGUAUACCUCAACUCGUCACGAGGGCUUCAAUGACGUCGUGAGAGGACGGAUACUGUCCGGGAACUUCUUCCUGCUCAAGCAGAACUACUUGCACUAUUUGGUGAAGGCUCAGCAGGUUCGUCGGCUGAUUGCAGAUGAUUUCAAGAACGUGUUCAGCUCAGGCAUUGAUGUGCUGCUGACGCCUACCACACUCGGUGACGCAGCACGGUACUCUGACUUCACACAGGAAGACAACCGCACCCGUAGCGCACAGGAAGACGUCUUCACGCAGCCUGUCAACAUGGCAGGUCUUCCUGCUGUUUCUGUUCCAACUGUUUUAUCAAGUCGGGGCCUUCCCAUUGGCCUACAGCUCAUAGGCCCCGCCUUCCAGGACAUGAAGCUGCUUGGUGUUGCUCGGUGGGUGGAGCAGAGGGUGGGGUUUCCGUCCAUUGUCAGCUGUGGCAGUAACAGCGUGGACACAGGGCUAACCAGUAGAGAGAAGGCUUCAGCCAUGUGAGAGCAGCUGUUAGUGGACUAAAGAUGGACAUUCUGUGAUUAGAACAUGACAAAUGAAUGAUGCAUAGGUUGCGUUUGUUAGCCGCCCCGGACAAGGUCGUGCUGGUAGAUAAGUGGAUGUUGUGGAUUAUCUGCAAAGAGUAAUAGAUGUAUUUUUAAUAAGG